AAUCCUUCAUCAAGACGCGAUGUUUAAACUCAUCAUGUCUGCGGAAACAGAAGCAGCUGCUGUUACCAACUCGUGACCGCUUCUACAAACGGUCCUAAGACCGCGCCGAGUGGCUCAUCGCUGCCUUAGCAAGUCUCACCUGUAUACUCCGUGAACACUGUGCAGGUUAACCCAAAAGCCAUGAGUACACCAGCCAACGACCCUGAGAGCAUCCUGAGCUACCAGAGGCCAGAUGAGGAGGGGGUGUUAGACCAGGGAGGGACCAGCUCAGUGCUGAACAUCCACUAUGAGAAGGAGGAACUGGAAGGCCACAGGGCCCUGUUUGUGGGGGUCCGGAUGCCCAGGCAGAGCCAUCGCCACCACAAGCCCCACGGCUCUCGGCACCGCAAGAGAGACAGGAGGGCGGGAAGCAUUGCAACACAGCAAAGCGAGGAGAGUGAGACGACCACCAGUCAUGACACGCCGUCCCAGCGCGUCCAGUUCAUUCUGGGCACCGAGGAGGAUGCUGAGCAUGUGGCCCACGAGCUGUUCACUGAGCUGGAUGAGAUCUGUGUGAAGGACGGCAAGGAUGCCGAGUGGAAGGAAACAGCCAGGUGGCUGAAGUUUGAGGAAGACGUGGAGGAUGGAGGGGAGAGGUGGAGCAAGCCCUAUGUCGCAACACUUUCCCUCCACAGCUUGUUUGAGCUGCGCAGUUGCAUCAUCAACGGCAGCGUGUUGCUUGACAUGCACGCUGACAGCAUCGAGGAGAUUGCAGACAUGGUGCUGGACCACCAGGAGGCGUCCCAUGAGCUGGACGACAGUGUGAGACUGAAGGUGCGAGAGGCUCUGCUGAAGAGACACCACCACCAGAACGAGAAGAAGAAGAACCUGAUGCCCAGCGUGCGCUCCCUCGCUGAGGGGACCCGCAAACAGUCAGAGACCCAUCUGACAGGGUCAGUCACAUCUUCCCAGCCUUCGGCAGCUACAGCACCCGCCAAGAGUGGUGGCGGACAGGACGGCGCUCAAGUGGACCUCAGCAAAGUGGACAUGCACUUUAUGAAGAAGAUUCCAGAGGGGGCCGAGGCCUCCAAUGUACUGGUGGGAGAACUGGACUUCCUGGAGAGGCCCAUUGUGGCCUUUGUCCGCCUCUCCCCUGCUGUGCUGCUCACCGGACUCACUGAGGUCCCCAUUCCGACCAGGUUCCUGUUCAUUCUCCUGGGCCCAGAUGGAAAGGCUCAGCAAUACCAUGAAAUUGGACGCUCUAUGGCGACCAUCAUGACAGAUGAAAUCUUCCAUGACGUAGCCUACAAGGCAAAGGACAGGAGUGACCUGCUGGCUGGGAUAGAUGAGUUUCUAGACCAGGUGACGGUCCUACCACCAGGAGAGUGGGACCCCUCCAUCCGCAUUGAGCCCCCGAAGAGUGUUCCCUCUCAGGAGAAGAGAAAGACGGCAGGAGUCUCUAACGGCACAUCCUGCCAGGUAGAGGAAGAACUACAUGCUGAGCACCACGGACCAGAGCUGCAGAGAACUGGAAGGUUGUUUGGUGGUCUGGUGCUGGACAUCAAGAGGAAGAUUCCCUUCUACCUGAGUGACUAUAAGGAUGGUCUGAACCUCCAGUGUGUGGCCUCCUUCCUCUUCCUCUACUGUGCCUGCAUGUCUCCGGUCAUCACUUUUGGAGGUCUACUGGGGGAGGCCACAGAGGGGAGCAUCAGUGCCAUAGAGUCCUUACUUGGUGCGUCUAUGACUGGAGUAGUCUACUCUCUGUUUGCUGGUCAGCCUCUCACCAUUCUGGGCAGCACAGGUCCUGUCCUGGUUUUUGAGAAAAUCCUCUACAAGUUUUGCAAGGACUACGACCUGUCCUAUCUGUCUCUGCGGACUUGCAUCGGCCUGUGGACCGCCUUGCUGUGUCUGAUACUGGUCGCCACUGAUGCGAGCUCUCUCGUGUGCUACAUCACUCGGUUCACAGAGGAGGCCUUCGCAGCCCUCAUCUGCCUCAUCUUCAUUUACGAGGCAUUGGAGAAGCUAUUCCACCUGGGAGAAGUCUACCCCUUCAAUGCGAACAGCGAUCUAGACAAACUCACACUGGCAUACUGUAGGUGUGCAGAACCUGAUAACCCCAGUAAUAAAACCUUACAACUGUGGAGUGGGAACAACCUCACAGCAGCUGAAGUACCCUGGAGCAACCUUACUGUCAAGGAGUGUAUCAGUCUGCAGGGAAACUUUCUUGGGACCGCAUGUGGCCACCAUGGCCCCUACACCCCAGAUGUUCUCUUCUGGUCCACCAUCUUGUUCUUUUCCACUUUCCUUAUGUCUGCGUUCCUCAAAGAAUUCAAGACCAGUCGUUAUUUCCCCACCAAGGUGCGAUCCAUGAUCAGUGACUUUGCCGUGUUCCUCACCAUUGCCUUCAUGGUUCUGCUUGAUUAUGUCAUUGGAGUGCCCUCCCAGAAGUUGAAGGUGCCCAGUCAAUUCCAGCCGACCAGAGACGACCGAGGUUGGUUGAUCAAUCCAAUAGGACGCAACCCAUGGUGGACAGUCCUGGCUGCAACUAUUCCUGCUCUUCUGUGCACCAUCCUCAUCUUCAUGGACCAACAGAUAACUGCCGUCAUCAUCAACCGCAAAGAGCACAAACUGCUGAAGGGCUGUGGGUACCACCUGGACCUGCUCAUCGUCGGGGUGAUGCUGGCGGUGUGCUCCAUCAUGGGCUUGCCCUGGUUUGUAGCAGCCACGGUACUCUCCAUCUCUCACGUCAACAGUCUAAAGCUGGAGUCGGAGAGCUCUGCUCCAGGAGAGCAGCCUCGUUUCCUGGGCAUCAGGGAACAGAGGUUCACUGGCUUGGUCAUCUUCCUGCUCAUGGGCUGCUCUGUAUUUAUGACUGGAGCUCUGCAGUUCAUUCCUAUGCCAGUGCUUUAUGGUGUUUUCCUUUACAUGGGAGUCUCUUCAUUAAAAGGCAUACAGUUCUUUGACCGUCUCAAGUUGUUCGGCAUGCCGGCGAAGCACCAGCCAGACUUCAUCUACCUGCGUCACGUCCCCUUGAGGAAAGUCCACGUGUUCACUCUGACACAGCUCACCUGUCUGCUGCUGCUCUGGAUCAUUAAGCACUCACCUGCCGCUAUCGUCUUCCCGAUGAUGGUGCUGGCUCUGGUUUUUGUUCGCAAACUGCUGGACUUGUGUUUCUCCAAGCGAGAGCUGAGUUUCCUAGAUGACUUAAUACCUGAGUGGAAGAAGAAAAACCUUGAUGAUGCCUCCAAAUCGAUAGAAGAGGAAUCACAGACUAUGCUCAGUCCAAAGAAGGAAGAUACAACUGCUGUUCCGAUUCCAAUGGAGAGCAGCAAGCACGUCGCGACCCCCAAAGCACAGGACCCCAGGUGUGACCCCUCUGAUAUUAAUAUAUCUGAUGAAAUGUCUAAAACCACCGUGUGGAAAUCCCUCAACUCCAAUCAAAAGGACAUUUGUCCUGCAGCUGCUAAAAAGGAUUGAAGGGAUUGCGUUCAUAGACGAGUAAAAGAUGUCCGCAAUCCUGACACACUCGUUCUGGACCACAGGACACUGCGAUGUGGUUGCUUUGACCGUCGGCCACUUCAGUGCUUUGAGAAAAAGGUUGACCUUAAUACACACACAUAGACAUACACAUUCACUUUUAUCUUUGCGAGGACUAGAAAUAUAUUUGUAAGCGUAUUUCUCAAAAUUAAUUUAAACUCUGAUUCCUUAACUAUAAACUAACACCAACCUGAGCACAAUUACCAUUAUUUUGACCAAAUAACUAGUUAAUCAGUUAGUGAUAAUACAUUCAGGCCUGUAGCCUGCAUUUGCCAUCUUGGUUGUGAGGUUGAAGGAUGAUAUUAUAAAAGAUGAAACUUAAGUAUAUUCUCCCGUGAGUAUCAAAUAGCUCAGUUUUAAUUCAUUUGUGUCUGAUAAUGUGAUCUAGAGACACAUCCUGUCCAUUCACAGUGAUAGUAAGUAAUGGAAGACACAGUGACAGCUGCUGGCAGCCAUAGUCAUUUUACUGAGAUGAGGGAAUAUUUGCUGAUUCACACCUUAAAGGCAUGCAUUUAAUCAAAACUCAUUUGGAUGUUACAUCUCAAACACAACACAACAGUGAGUCAGUAAUUCAGUGAACUGGUCUGUCGGUCUUCAAAACAUUUCAGCCAGUCUGUUUUUAACUUAUGAGACACAGCUAUUGUUUGUCUAUAAAUAUCAACUUUCCCAACAUCAGUGGAAUAGCUCAUAAUAAAUUGUCUUGUAGGAUGGAUCUUUCAUCUAAUACUAUAACGAGUCAUAAACUGAACUCUAGCACAGAUGUACACCAGGAAUAAACACCAUGGUAUCAUUUAGCCUGUCUAAAAGCACCAUAUCCGACUACUGUUUAAAAUCUAUCAUCAUUGAUUGUACUUUUUUACACAUCUAGCAGAUAUGGAGUGCAUUAUCCUUAGUAUUAUUUUCUCUAAUGAAUGUAAUGAAUAUUCACUCUGCUUUUAGCUCUGUUUUUGGUCGAGACCGACUCCUGGGGAAAUGAUCUGUCUUUUUAGCUGCUGAUUGCUGCACCAUGUUCACCACCUAGUGGUUCACUUUGUUUUUCAGCUGUUUGGUACUCAGCAGGUAGUUUACAAGGUUUUCAGAGUAGUUUUGCAGAAACCAGCUGCCUGUUGCAGUUAAAGAACAACCCUGUGAGAGCCGUAAAAGUAAAGUAAACAGUAAAGUUAUGGGCCAUAACAUCAAAAUGGAUCAAUGAUAAUUAUUACAAAAAAUAGUAGCUGACAUUUGGUCCUCAAAAAGAUAAAAGAACAGAUGUACACACAACAACAACAAACACAGCUCCCCCUUUUCACUCUUUCAUCACGCCCAUGUCUCAAAGGCCACUGCACACUUAGCUGGACUUCAUGAGAGUAAAUGCUCCUUUAAAUCAAACAAGGUUAUUAUUUAUAUGUAUUAAUCUAAGUAGUUUAUCAGUCAUUUUAUUUAUUGUGCCAUGAGCGUGUCCUUUUUCUAAUGGUGAUGGUAUGGUCAAUUCUUUGGUAGAUUUUAAAAAUACAUUGCAGGUUCAGUAAAUACAUGGACAACUCCUCAUUUGUAGCAUAACGUUUUGUGUGAUGAUGUGAACUGAAAACUAUAAAUGUUAGAAGACCCACUUCAGUUGAAGCAGCGGCAACAAUAAGCUGUUUUUUUAUGGUGUAAUUGUUUUCUCUGUAUGAUAGAGGUUUUUCCACAGAAUAUUUGUCAUGUGUUAGUGCUAUGUCUUACGAGUUAAUGAAUACUCCUGCAAGGCACUUUGGAUAAUGGUGUUUGUGUGUGUGUGUGUGUGUGUGUGAGAGAGAGAGACCCAUUUGACUAUCAGGAAAGGGUGGCUGCAGGACUUUCUUUUAAGCAAUAAUUGACCCCAGAUUGACCUCUCCACAACUCUUUCUGUCUUGUUUUUGUGCCAGUGCAACAUUUGUGCACACUCCCCAUGUGGUGGUUCAGGAAAGUUUAAUAUUUUAAACCUAGAACACUUUACAUGUGCCAAAAAAAAUAUCUUGGACUAAAUAAAUAGGAUAUAUAGUUGUCUUUCAUUAUGUACACCCCCAAGUUAGAAUAUAAUGUGUGAAAAUGAGUCAAAUCUCAGAGCCAAAGGAAGCAGAGAGACUAUGUUGUGAGAGAAUGACCUUCACUAAUAUUGUAUCUGUAGUUGCACUUUCUGUAGAUACAUAACUUGAGAUAUAUUUUAUUUUGAAGAAGUCUACUGAGCAAUUAACUAAUUUUACAAUAAUUUAAUACAUUGAAUUAUUUUUAGAUAUAAAAUGACAAUGUGUUCUCUUUACUUUCUGUAUAUACUGUCGUAAGAGGGAUGAGCGAAGAUAAAGGCUGAAUAAUGCCAUACAUGAAUAAUAUAUUUCAUUAAUAAAAUACCUUCAAAGGUAGUUUUUUUUAAAGUAAAGAACUCUGAUGGGAAACAUCAGGAGUUUGUCUAUUAAACCUUGAAUGUCACAUUCUUGUCCUCAAUGGAGGACCUUGAUUAUUAUUGAUUGCUUCCCAAUUGGACAUUAAAAGGUACGGACUAACUUUUAUUUUAUUUAAAUAAUGUAAUACUUUAUUUUUUAUAGCAAGGUAACAGGAAAUGUUAGAGAGAGAGAGAUAGAGAGACAGAUGGCAUGUAACAAAGGUUCCGACUGGACUCAUUGGAGAUGGGUCUUUACGAUGAGGUGAAAAAAUUAAUAACUGAAUACAUUCAAAGUGAUUCAACUAAAAUGUUUGAUCCAUUAUCGAUGGAUUAACGUAGUCAUGUUGAAAAUCUAUAAACUCCUUGACAUACUGUCCAGUUAAACAUCAAUGAGUUGUUUUAUUACUAUUUUCACAGCUACAUCAACCAUAGUACACAUCAUUUCUAUUCAAGGGACUUAAAAGUGCACAAGUACAGUAAUCGGUCACAUGCAGUCAUACUCCAAAACACACGGAAAAGUGUUGUACAUUGUUUUUGCUGUCAUGUACCUACGCUUUGACUUUUGAAUGUAAAAUAUUCUUUGCGUGUCCAAGAAUUCAUAACUAGACAAAAUAAUGGCAUGACUAAAUAUUAUUCAUUGUGUAAAUACAUAUAUUCUUGUUCAUAUGAGUAAGUUCAAACUAAUAAUGUGUAAAUUUAGAAAAGACUAGACCAAAUUAUUGUGGAAACACUUUUAAACGUCCAAUUACAUUCAGCAAUUGUCAAAAUAAUUUGAAUGAGUAUCAUGUGUCUUCAACUUGAUUUUCUAAUCAUUAAUGUAUAUGUGAAUGUGUGGUAAACCUAUAGUUAUAUAAUGUAGGUAUAUAACUGGUAAACCUAGUUAUAUACUGUAGGUUUAUAACUGUUAAACCUAGUUAUAUACUGUAGGUUUACUGCUUAUGACCCAGAGUCAUACAUUUCAAUGGAUGUGACUGUGAGUAUAAAUAUUUGUGCCGUGUGUGUGUGCGCCUGCCAUCGAACACAUGACCGCUUCCUGUUGUGUUGCCAUGUUUUACUUUUCAUCACCUUACAUCUGACACAAAACAGACCUUUUAAAUACCAUUUAUUAGGCACAGCUUGUUGAGAAAACCACUGUGUCCAAUUGUGUUAAUUUUGUGCACUGUGUGAAGCUAUGUACUUCUAAUGAAUAUUAGACUAAACUUGUGUCUGUGUCAAGGAGAAAGUCUUGGUGAGGAGAGAGAGAGAGAGAGAGAGAGAGAGAGAGAGAGAGAGAGAGAGAGAGAGAGAGAGAGAUACUUAGUCUCGGAGCCAUAAAAGAGCAAUGCCUUGUCUCUUGAACCAUUGAAUGAUCAGUCUUGAGCAAAAUAAUUCUACAUGUUUUAUAUGUACAUGUAUAUGUAAUUUAAUUUUGAUUAUGGAACAUGGAAAAUAAAUAAUUACUGCUGAA